CUCCGAAUUCAUGACCUGCCCCGAAGUUAUUCUCUUCCAUAGUUCCGCUAAGAGAGUUCCAGGAAUGAAAUCCCUUCUGAAUGCGACCCUUCCUCAGCCCAUAUCCCUCUGUAUCCGAUUCCAAAAAGCCAUCGUUGCCCGAAGAAGAGGCUUCCAUACUAUCAGCACAUUUCAUAACCCUAGCCUUUUCAUUCAACCUGUGAAGCCCCCCAGACUUUCAGUUUCUCUGUUUGGGGUUUCAGCUGUUUCGGAAUGUGAGAAAGGUCGGAGCUUUCGAACAGCGGCGUCGUUGACGAAACAAGGGGAGAUUCAUGUGAUUCUAGGACCAAUGUUUGCUGGGAAAACCACCACUCUUCUCCAAAGAAUCAAGGCUGAGAGCGUUAAUGGCAGAAGCAUAGCAAUUAUAAAAUCAGACAAGGAUAAUAGAUACGGAAUGGACUCUGUGGUGACACAUAAUGGGGAAAGAAUGCCGUGCUGGCCUUUGGCAAGUCUAUCAUCCUUCAAACAAACAAUUGGUUCCAGAGCGUAUGAUAAGUUGGAGGUGAUUGGCAUUGAUGAGGCUCAAUUUUUUAAGGAUCUAUAUGAGUUCUGCAGCAAAGCUGCUGAUCAUGAUGGCAAAACUGUGAUUGUUUCAGGUUUGGAUGGGGACUACCUGAGAAGGAGAUUUGGUUCGGUGCUCGACAUAAUCCCCAUUGCUGAUACAGUGACCAAGUUAACUGCUCGGUGCGGGCUUUGUGGGGACCACGCACACUUUACCCUUAGAAAGACUGAUGAAACCAAAACAGAACUAAUAGCAGGUGCGGAUGUGUAUAUGCCAGUGUGCAGGAAGCACUAUGUGAGUGGCCAAGUGCUUAAAGAAGCCACUAGAGACUGUGUCCUGGAAGCUCAGGAGGUUGAAUGCAUCCCUUUUUGUGACACUGCUGCCGUUGUGGUAUGAUAUGUAACUCGUCCCCUGCCAGCUCGGGUGUGUGCCCAUGUCCGACAUAUAUUCCACUUGUAGUAUAUGGUAUAAUUAUCAAUUCACUGCACUGGGAUGCUUAGGGCUGACCAUGUUUAUGGCAUAACCACCUGAGAUUCACAAUGAGAUUAGUUAAUGAUCUUUAAUCUGUGUGGAUGAGUGGAUCAAUGGUGCUUGUUUUGCGCUGCUUGCCUGAUUUGGUGUUGACCCCAUAUAGCUGCUUGUUGGAUUGCAAACAUCUGGCCUGAACUCCGUGACUGUUUUGGAGACGAGCAGUUGCUGAUUGUUAUUAUGUUGCUGAGUAUAUCGCAGCAGAAAAUUUUUCUAACGUAGACAAUGCUUUGUAGAAGAUUAAGUAAUGAAUGAACUAUUGGGUUUACUUUUAUGUGAUUAGCAUUCACUAUCAUAUUAAUGUGCAGAGCGUUCCUUCUUUCUUA